UGCGCACCAGCAGAAAAUAAUACAGAAGAACUCCCUUUAUAAUACAAUCGCUUUAAAAGGCCACCUCUCUCUCUGACGAAUAAUCAGCAGCACCAUGGUGGACGAUGUGGGUAGCCUGAAAAUCCGACCCCUUGCACCUGAUCUGUUGCAGCACGCAAUGCGAGAGCUGAAUGAGGAUCCGAAAAAACGUCCUGCCUACGUCAAAGAUAUUCGCGAUUGGCUUAAAACGCAAGAGCAUAUCGUUGGAGUGCCGAGUGACCAGUUGAUCGUCACGUUCCUUAGAGGGUGCAAAUUCGACCUCGAUAAAACGAAAGAAAAACUUGAUACUUAUUUCACAAUAAAGACGUUGGUGCCAGAGUAUUUUAAAAAUCGUGAUCUUACGAAAAAUGAACAGCUACGGAAAAUUUUGAACUUGCGCGCGUACAUAUCGGUCCCAGGAACAGAUGAGGAAGGACGCAAAAUUUAUAUUAUGGUAAUGGGCCGAGACGAACCAGGGACAAUCGAUCCAGACGAAGCUGCUAAAUUCAAUUAUAUGGUUAUGGACUAUUUGCUUAUGGAAGACGACGUUGCUGUAGUGAUGGGAAUUGUAAAUUUGACAGACUUGUCUCCAUUGACGUUACAACACGCGAAACAAUUAAUGCCCAGCAUGAUGAAGAAAACUACUGCUUGUUCAGAGGGAGGUUACCCUUUCCGUCCAAAAGUGGUGCAUUUGCUUAAUAUGCCGAGUUUUGUUGACAAGAUUCUUGAAUGGAUCGAAAUGUUCAGGAAAGACAAAGAUGACUUGAAGGUUUACUUGUAUGGUAAUGAUUUAAGCGCCUUGUUAAGCCGCGUACCAAAGAAACUUGUACCCAAUGAGUUUGGUGGUGAAGCUGGAACGCUGGAUGAGCUAGGAAAGGAAUUCGCUGACAAAAUUCUUGCAUUUAACGACUGGUAUGUGGCGGACGAAACGAACGGUGUUGAUGAAAAUAAAAGAGUUGGGAAAUCUAAAACAAGAGAGGAUCUAUUAGGCAUGAACAGUAACUUUCGUGAAUUGGACUUUGAUUGAUGUUUAAUUGUAAUAACAACCUAAUUCUAACAAUGAACUUGGGCAGUCGUGAAAAUUAUGUUUAAUAUUAUUGUUUGAAAAAUAUAACACAAAUAAUCUGCCAUUAAAUUGCUAGACAAAAAGUAAAUUUUAAUUUAUGAUAUGGUACAGAAAAAGCUGGA